CAUAUUGAAGCAAGCAAGCACAACAAAAGCGGAUGUUACUGGCUGGCAGUUUUAACAUAUUUCGCCAGCGGUUUUAAACCCCAAAUUCUGUAAAACGGUAUUGUGCCUUGGACAGAUAGUUACGCGUAAAGCGUGUUCACCUCUUCUUUUACGACGGUGUCAUCAUCGGAGCAGUAGAAUCCUGAAAGAAAAGCUGCGUCCGUCAUGUCUUCGAGAAAGAAGGUCCUCUUGAAAGUCAUCAUUCUUGGGGAUUCUGGAGUUGGGAAAACCUCACUGAUGAACCAGUAUGUAAAUAAGAAGUUCAGCAACCAGUACAAAGCAACAAUUGGUGCGGAUUUCCUCACCAAGGAAGUUAUGGUGGAUGACAGGCUUGUCACUAUGCAGAUAUGGGACACAGCGGGUCAGGAGCGUUUCCAGUCGCUGGGUGUGGCCUUCUACCGUGGGGCUGACUGCUGUGUGCUGGUCUACGAUGUCACUGCACCCAACACGUUCAAAACGCUGGACUGCUGGCGGGAUGAGUUCCUCAUCCAGGCCAGCCCGCGCGACCCAGAAAACUUCCCCUUUGUGGUGCUCGGCAACAAGAUAGACUUGGAGAAUCGGCAGGUGACGACAAAGCGUGCCCAGGCGUGGUGUCAGAGCAAGAACAGCAUCCCGUACUUCGAGACCAGUGCCAAAGAAGCCAUCAAUGUCGACCAAGCUUUCCAGACCAUCGCUCGAAACGCCCUGAAACAGGAAUCCCAGGAAGACACAAUCAGUUUCCCAGACCAGGUAACAGUAACACUGGACAGACCCAACGCCUCCAGUGAGGGGUGCAGCUGCUGAGGAUGGAGAGACAUGUGGACGGAGAGACAGACGGACGGAUGAAUGGGCCAGGGCAGACCACAAGAACACAGGAGGGGAGAGGCCAGUGCAUGGGUGGACACCUCCCUCACCAAUACUCCCAUAUGCAAGAUAUUUAAAUUAUGUAUAAAAAGAA